CAAAUAUACUUGGAACGUUGCUGGAAAAAAUGUACUCCUUAAAACGUGGUGUGUAAUAUAAAUGGAAGUAUGGAACCAUCAAUCUUAAUCUUAGUCUUGAACAGAAGAAAUGUUAAGCAGGAGUUUACCCAACAAAUCUGAACUGAGCUCCAUUGAAACCAUUUGCUUAAAUGUCCUCACUUAUUGCAACUCCAAGUCUUUGAAACAGGGCAUUUGUGCUCACAGCCCGAUAAUCAAGCUGGGUCUUGAACAUAACGUGCUACUCAAUAACAAUUUGUUGUCAAUUUAUUCUAAAUGUUAUGGACCUGAACAUGCACGCCACCUGUUUGAUGAAAUGCCGCACAGAGAUGUUGUGUCCUGGUCUGGGAUGUUAUCUGCUUACAGCAAGUGUAAGGAUCAUGAGGAGGCGCUUAGGUUGUUUGAUUUUAUGAGAGGGGAUGGGCAUUAUCCGAAUGAGUUUACGUUAUCGAGUGUUCUAAGAUCGUGUUCAAGUUUGGGAAGGUUUAGUCUUGGAAGUCAGUUGCAGAGUUAUAUGAUUAAAUAUGGGUUUGAUACAAAUGGAAUUUUAGCUAGUAGUUUGAUUGAUUUGUACUCUAAAUGUGGUUUUGUAAAGGAAGCAUAUGAAUUGUUUAAGAAUGUUGAUAAUGCUGAUACGCUUUUAUGGACAACGAUUAUAUCUGCGUAUACACAAGCUCAAAACUGGAAAAGGGGGUUGCAACUCUACAGUGAUAUGAUUCAAGUUGGGGUUGUUCCUAAUGAAUAUACCUUUGUGAAGCUUCUUGGUGCAUCAAGUUUUCUUGGUUUGUACUACGGGAAAUUAGUUCAUGCCCAAGUUAUUGUAUGGGGAGUAAAGACGGCUUUGGUUUUAAAGACUGCUCUUGUUGACAUGUACUGUAAAUGCGAAGAAAUGGACAAUGCGUUGAAGGUCUCGAAGCAAACACGUGAACGUGAUGUUUUCUUGUGCACUGCUAUUAUAUCUGGUUUCAUCAGAAAGAUGGAUUUCACUAAAGCUUUUGCUGCCUUUACUGAAAUGUUGUGUUCUGAUAUUGUACCAACUAACUACACAUAUUCUGGAAUCCUGAAUGCCUGUUCAUCGAUUCCAGGAAUAGAACUGGGUGAGCAGAUUCAUGCACGGGUACUCAUGGCUGGUCUUCAAAAUGAUGUCUCUGUUGGAAAUGCACUUGUCGAUAUGUACAUGAAAUGUUCCUAUACAGUGGAGAAUGCUCUAGGAGUUUUUAAAGAAAUAUCUUCACCUAAUGUCAUAUCUUGGACUUCGUUAGUUGCUGGUUUAGCUGAACAUGGUUUUCAAGAAGAGUCUAUGAAGGCAUUUGAGGAGAUGAUAUCCGCAGGGGUGCAACCUAAUUCCUUCACGCUUUCCAGCAUCCUCUGGAUUUGUAGUAGUGUAUAUUCUCCUAGUCGGACAAGAGAACUUCACGGGUAUAUUAUGAAGAAAAAUGCAAUCCAGGAUUUAGUUGUGGGAAACGCUCUUGUAGAUGCAUACGCUGGAUUAGGCAUGGUGGAUGAUGCACACCGUGUCAUUAAAAUUAUGGCCAAGAGAGAUGUCAUCACGUAUACAGGUAUAGCCACUAGGAUCAAUCAGAUGGGAUGUCAUGGAACCGCUUUAAGCAUUAUUAGCCACAUGCUUGCUGAUAAUAUAAAGAUGGAUGGAUAUAGCCUCGCUACAUUCUUAUCUGCAUCGGCAAGCUUAGGUGCAAUGGAACCUGGAAAGCAGCUCCAUUGUUCUUCUCUGAAAUCUGGGUUGGACAGCUGGAUUUCUGUUUCGAAUGGCAUAGUUGACUUGUAUGGAAAAUGUGGGUGCAAAGAUGAUGCAGUAAGAGCUUUUCAAGAGAUAGAUAAGCCUGAUGUGGCUUCCUGGAACUGUUUGAUGUUUGCUUUAGCAUCAAAUGGGCAUAUCUCGCCCAGCCUCACAGCUUUUGAAGAUAUGCUUUUAGCAGGGAUCCGCCCAGAUGCAAUUACUUUGUUGCUACUUCUGUUUGCUUGUAGUCAUGGUGGUUUGGUAGAUCUCGGUUUGGAUCAUUUUCAGCAUAUGAAAGAAAGAUAUAAUAUUGAGCCACAAUUAGAUCACUAUGUCUGUAAAGUUGAUCUCCUCGGUCGUGCUGGCCGGCUAGCGGAAGCAGUGGGUGUUAUUGAAUCAAUGCCUUUUCAGCCAAAUGCAUUAGUUUACAAAACGUUGUUAGGUGCCUGUAGACUACACGGGAACAUACCUCUUGGAGAAGACAUGGCCAGGCGAAGUCUUGAGCUUGAACCAUCUGAUCCCACAAUAUAUGUGUUGCUUGCAAACAUGUAUGAAGAUUUUGGACAGCCUGAAUUAGGUGAUAAUACCCGCUGGCUAAUGAAAGAGAACGGAUUAAGGAAGAAUCCUGGACAAAGCUGGACGGAAAUACAGAACAAGAUACAUCUUUUCAGUGCAGGAGAUAGAAUGCAUCCACAGAUAUAUGAGAUUCAUGAGAAACUAGAUCUCCUGUUAAGUGAGUUCAAAAUCAUGGGAUAUCCCUAUGAAGCCAAUAAAGCCUCAAUGUACCACAGUGAGAAAUUGGCUGUUAUAUUUGGACUUCUAAAUGCCCCGUCAACUGCUCCAAUACGCAUCAUUAAGAAUAUAAGGAUUUGCAAAGAUUGUCAUGAAUUUAUGGUGAAUUUGACAUUAUUGGUUCACAGGGAGAUUAUUGUCAGAGAUGGAAACCGCUUUCAUUGUUUUAAGAAGGGUGAGUGUUCAUGCAGAGGCUUUUGGUGAAGCAUGGGAGAAACAAUAGCUGAGCCCAUACGGUUGCCAAAUUUGAGAAUAAGCUGGAAAGAAUGCUUCUGAAACAAUCUCUGUAUUACUCAUGUCCUAAGAAAUUUAUGUAACAAAUAUUGUGAGACUCUGGAAACAAACCUGCUCCGAUUAGAACACACAUGAAGACCAUAUGGUUUCACCAGUAGAAAAUUUUCAAGUUGCUGAAUAACAGUCCUUGUACUUCGUAAAAAAUCUAUAGAAGGCAGAGUUGGAGGUUCGGCACAAAUAGGAUGCCGGAUGUGCAAACUAUAGUGCAUGCUACAAUGGUGUUGUAUUCCUUUGUCUAGGCUAUUCAGUCUUCAUCUCAUUUCCAGUUUCUUCUGACAUGUCUCCAAUCUAUUCUGGUCUUUUGCUAACCUAGCAGGCUGGCAUGGUUAUAAAUUGGGUCCAUGUGGUGCCUGUGUAAUCUACGCUGCUGCCUCGUCGAACAAUCAGCCCGAUCUGUAUGCACAAGCAACAAAGCUUCAUAUGUCAAAGCUGUAACAUUGAUAAAGAUGCAUUGACGAGCUCUUAGACAUCCUGGUAUAGUAGAUUUUUAUAUAUUUUUUUUAUCAACAAGGUAAUUGUGAAGCUAGGAUAAUGUUAUACAGAUCAAAAUAUAAACUUGUUGCAGAAGCUGCUAAUUGUGAAAGCUGUGUACAUAAUUCUAUCAAUAAAAAAUAUCGUUAAAGGAAUAAAUUUUUGCAAACAGAAUGG